ACAAGUGGACGAGAGAGGGGAGAUCAGUGUUCUUCCGAUUAGUCGUGCUUGUUAGAUCGAGAUGGUGAUUGUAUUGAUAAUUGCUUGAGUAAUAACGAAGACGCGGGACGAUGUAUGUGUGUUUUAAUCUGUCGAUGUUAAGUAGCUAUGUUUUUUAAUGAAAAUCUGUACCUACAUUGUCCUUUAUCCGUAAACUAAACUAAAGGAAAGUAAAGUUAAGAUAGUUUGGAGUGUGUCUCUGCUACACCGCUGAGGAAGGCUGCCAAGCGGCACGGGGCAAGAACCAUGCCCGAGCUUUCCAAGAUGAGGAAGCCCGACGUCAAGGUUGUCAUUCUGGGUGACAUGAACGUUGGGAAGACAUCACUGCUCCACAGGUACAUGGACAGGAAUUUUAAAGAUACCAUGAGCACCGUCGGAGGGGCGUUUUUCCUCAAACAGUGGGGACCCUACAAUAUCUCAAUUUGGGACACUGCUGGUCGGGAGCAGUUCCACGGGCUGGGCUCCAUGUACUGCCGGGGCGCUGCUGCUGCCAUUCUCACCUACGAUGUGACCAACUGGCAGAGCCUGACUGAGCUGGAGGAGCGCUUCCUGUCCCUCACCGACACGGCCAAUAAUGACUGCAUCUAUGCCAUCGUGGGCAACAAGGCUGACCUCACAGAUCCCCAGGCCCAGCUGCUAGCCAACCAGGAUGGCCUGACAGCGGACUGGGAGAGGACUGGGGAGCCCAGGGUGCCUUCUGCCUGUCCCACCCCUCCAGCCUCCCCCAUCUCCCUGUCAGGGGUGUCAGUCAACAAGCAGGUGAGCCGAGAGGACGCAGAGGCGUUGUAUGGGAGGAUCCUUAGAUACAAGGGUCUGGAAGAGACGAACAGCCUGCCUGCGGACAAGAUGUGCUUCGAGACUAGUGCCAAGACAGGCUAUAACGUGGAUGCUCUGUUUGAGACGCUGUUCGACAUGGUGCUGCCCUCCGUCCUCAAGAAGAGGACUGAGAGAGAGGGAUCGCCCACCGUGGACCUGGAAGAGUGCAAAGGGACAGGAAACCGGGCUAGGGCCGCCUGCUGCUAGGGAUUAGGGGGAGGUGGGGAGGGAUGGAUGGAUACACUGUUUGGGGGUUUUAGACUGACCGUAAAGAGGGGAGUUCAUGUCAUCUCUGUAUUGGUCUCCCAGGACAUUCCGAGAAUUUUCAGAGGUGACUGUUUGAUAUACACGCACACACAUUCUGUCAAUCAAGCUGUCAACCAAAUUAAUAAUUAAAACAAGUAAUUUAAUUAUUCUUUCAAUGAGCUGGAAAGUACUAUAGUGGAGAGCUGGAGUUCUUGGAUUUUAAACAUCUUCAAGAGGUUCUGUAUGGACUUGAGUUUAGGCCAGAAUUUCUGUAUGUAUAGAGCAGGUUAGCAUUUUUGUAAUUCAUCUUCUCGGCAGAGUGGUCACUAGCUGGCGCAUCCACAAAGUCAUAAAAUCAGAUUUUUAAACUUAACCACAAUGCUAACCAUAACCUUAAAUUAAGAGGAAAAAGCUAUUUUUUGUUUUCAUGAAUUUUUACAAUAUAGCCAAUAUUGGCUUUGCAGGUGGCCCAUCUAUUGGCUCUAGGGCGAGAUGCAUGACAUGUCAACUUGCAUAUGGAUAUGGGAAAUAGGCUACUGGUACACAGUUCACCUGUUUAUAAAUCAAUCAUUGACUUUUUGUUCAUGUUUUGGAAUGAGAAUGUCACUAACUUUGUUUCCAUCCUCAGUUUUUAUGCGAGUAAAGUCAUUCUGUAUCAAAAACAAAAGCACGACGACUGUGAGGGAAACAGGAAGUUUCGGUACAAUUUUAUAAAUGCCAACAGAUUUGUUCGUUCGACAUGGUGGCAUCUUUCUGUCGGUGAAAUUAAUUGCGCGAGAAAUGGCGGUGGAAAUGCCUUUAUGCACAGAUAUUGUUACAAUAACCAGCAUAUCGAAGUAAACUUGGAGUCACACGAUGAUAUGGUGUGUGUGGUCCCCCAAUAAGACUCGGGAAAACAGUUUAUUAGGCUACAGAUAAAAUAAGUUAUGAUGAACUUCACAGGGUGGUGAAAGUGCAAGGUGAUGAGCAUGAUGCUCCUUUUCAAUAAAUAUCUAGGGUCUUAUUCUGGUGACGUGAUUAUCGAUGCUUGACUGCCGUUUGACCAAUAAAAAUAUCCAUAAUCUCAUCACGUAGACUAAGCCUACCCACACUGUAUCUGCGAGCUGUUGGCUAGAGCACACAUGCCAAGACCAGAGUAGGCACAUUUGCUAUUUUAACGCAACAGUUUUUAUGAAAACUUAAGCGAAAGUAUAUUUUGUGUGCACUACGUCAUCACGCACAGAUCUUUUUUGUUGAUCCGCAACACAUCCGUUUAGUAGACGCACACCACUGGUGGGAAAGUGUGCAGAUUUUCUUUUCGUGGAUGUUAGAAUAUUCACAUGAGAAUUUGUCGCCAAAUGGAUGGAAACCUAGCUACAUAUUCCAUUGUUCAACAGCAGUAAUUGUUUGACUACCAGGGUGGCCACACUGAAUUGUGUAAAUGAAUCCUAUUUUAAAGAUGUUUUAAUGUUGGUUUAACAAUCAGGUUUUACAUUUGCUUAGGUGUGUUCUGUUGCAUGUUUUUUUACGGAUUCCUUUUUUCAUGUAAUUUGCACCAAAUCUACACUACAAUAUGUGUAAGAUACAACUUUGAUAUUUUCAAAUAUACGAUAAAAGAUUCUUCUCAUUUAGAAAUAAGGGGAUAUAGUUUGUUUGAGCUAAAGUGUGAAUGUCAAUGCAUGUACCACCAGCAGAAGUAUAACAAACAAAACAUUUAAUUUUUUGUUAUGACUCAAUUACAAUAGAAUUCAAUGGAUUCAUAGCACAUCAAACUCAUGGCCAAUUUUACAAAAUAUAUUUUUAGUUCUGAGCAAAAUAAAAAUCAAGUUCAUUCAGUGGAUAUAAAUAUACGUAGGAAAGUAAAUCAGUGCAUUUUGUGACCAAAACAAUAUAUGAAUGUAAGAUUAGGGUAAGACCUGUAAUAUAUAUUGAUACAUACACUUGAUAUAUUGCUAACAAACCGUUUGCACUGUAAGGCCUCUUGAUGCAUAAAUGUUAUGUUACGUGAGAAGAAGACUUGAUGUAAAGCAGAUUAAUACUGAAUGUUAAGAGCAUUUCUUCUCACCAACCUCAACCAAACCUCAUCAUUUACAAUUGGUAGAGGGUCAGUGUUAGUGUAGUGGCAUUACUGUAUACCUGAAUAAUAAAACGUAAGCGCACUUUAAAAAAUCUAAAUAACUGAAGCAGUGCACACACAAUCUAUUUUAUCAAUCACUAGAUUCAUUGAUAACUGAAGCAGUGCGUACACAGGCAUCUUUGGUUCUUUCAGCUGUAUGUUCUUGGUAUGGUCAGUUAAACAUGUUUGGUACAGUGCAUUCGGAUAGUAUACUUUUUCCACAUUUUUUUACGGUACAGCCUUAUUCUAAAAUGGAUGAAAUUGUUUUUUCCCCCCAUCAAUCACACACAAUACCCCAUAAUGACAAAGUGAAACAGGUUUUUAGUGUUUUUGUAUUAAAACAAAAAACGGAAAUAUCACAUUUACAUUAGUAUUCAGACCCUUUACUCAGUACAGCCUGGAGACACUACAAGCUUGGCACACCUGUAGUUGGGGAGUUUCUACAGACAAUUCCUUUGACCUCAUGGCUUGGUUUUUACUCUGACAUGCACUGUAAACUGUGGGACCUUAUAUAGACAGGUGUGUGUGCCUUUCCAAAUCAUGUCCAAUCCACAGAAUUUACCACAGGUGGACUCCAAUGAAGUUGUAGAAACAGGAUGUCCAAUGGAAACAGGAUGCACCUGUGCUCAAUUUAGAGACUCAUUGCAAAGGGUCUGGAUGUAAAUACGGUAUUUCUGUGUUGUUAAAAAAAAUUUAAAAAUGUUUUUUUUUUUAAGUUUUUUGCUUUGUCAUUAUGGGGUAUUGUGUGUAGACUGAGGAAUUUGUUUUAUUUAAUACAUUUUAGAAUAAGGCUGUAACGUAACAAUGUGGAAAAGUGAAGGGGUCUGAAUACUUUCUAAAUGCACUGUAUAUAACAUAGCUGAGGUAUUAAGUUAGAGCACCAUAUCAAAUAGGACAAACAAUUUAAAAAAUAACAUGUAUAUUUCAUAUCGCUGUUGACUUCAUGGCGGGGCUUCUUUUCCAAUUAUCACCACAGGACACUUGCUCUCCACUUGAAGCGUUCACACAGUCCUUCAGUCAUCACAAGAUGCUGAUCUAAGGUCUGUUUUUUGUUCUCCCCUUUAUGGCGAAGGUUAAGAUUUAGGGAGGGUGAGCUGAUCCUAGAUCUGUGCCUAAGUGUAAUGUCUACCUGAAUUGCGUUUGGUGGGGGGGUACAGUCACAGGAAAUUACAUCACAGGGUCAAAGGGGACUAAGUGUGAGCCAGGUCACAGGUUCUUCAUGCAGACCUGACAGCGGCUGAUGCGUGAGAGGAGCUGGCCUGCUUUCAGGGUCUCGGAGGCAGGCUCUGCCUGGAAGGACUGUUCGAUGGAGGUGAGCCAGAAGCUGUGUUUGUUGGCGAAGUAAUGGCAGGUGCCCUUGGCCCCGUUACACUCGAUGAAGGGAGUGGUGCGGAAGUCCUCCAGACAGGAACCAGGGGACGAUAGAGACUGACCACCGCCCUCGUCACCUGCUGCUGUGUGCUGUGGGGAGACAGGGGAGGGGAAGAGAUUGCUUUCAUAUGUCCUGUGUUUUCAGAUCAAUAAAGAUGAAAAGGAGACUAGAAUAGGCCACAUUAGACUGUCAGAACAGAAAGCAACAGACUCACCAUAAGGAAGGAGUAGCCAAUCCACAGGCUGCGCCAGCCCACAGGGCAUUGUGGGAUGGUGAUGUCCUGGCUGUGCACGGCGACGGCGACGGAUGGAGCCUCGCACACAGAGCAGCGGCUGAUGUAGGGUUUGAUCUCGCCCUCUUCCACGGGCAUCAUGGGAAGUGGUGCGGUGGUGGACAGCCAAAAGGACUUGUCAUUGCGGCUGGCGUAGUAGCAGACGUCUCCGGGGUUGCAGUACAGGAAGGGCAUGGUGUUGAAACGAGGGAGGCAGGAGCCUGCCAGACCUGGGAUCAAUAGAAACAUUGAAUGAACCAAUUAAUCAAUACAUGUAUUCAUAUAAAAGGAUGACACAGUGCUACAGCCACUACAGGCAAACUUGAGAGAGCCUAAUGGGUUCUAUCUGCCAAUGAAAUAUCAAAUAAAAUCUGAAUAGAUACAAGUAUAAUCUAA